AUGGCCCUCUUCAACCUCAUCUUCAUGUGCAUCCUCACCGUCCUCAUCGCUGUAUACCUCAUGCCCGUCCUAACCAUCCCCCUGCUCUUCGACUUAUGGCCCCAUCUGAACGGAAAUCAGCGGUUCCUGAUAUUCUUCUGUGAGAUCUGGUGGGUCUGCAGCUGCGUGGUGUUUGUCCUCGCGGCGAGGAUGAUGAUCCGCGCUGUGGAUGCUGAACGGAUGCGCAUGGAAUCGCUGGAUUAUAAUGUGGGGACAGCGGGUACGUGCAGAGAUAACCUGUGGAGGAUGAGCUCAACUAGCGAAUGGGCCGGAUCACACGCUUUAUUGGUGGCUGCACACCUGCUUGGCUGGGAUGCUUGCUGA